GCCACACCCUUUUCAUUGUUAUGCUGUCCUCAAAGCUUGCUUUGUCUGUUGCACUACUGCAUCUUAGACUUUUUAUGAAUAUAUGGCAUUUUUUAUAAAUACAAGCAGCAAUCCCCUUCUUCUCCACCCUUUUCUUCCCUGUUGGUUGUGUAGUUCAUACUCAAUUUCACAAAUUAAUUCUUUUUUUCUUGUAUUCUUUUCUUUCUCUAAGCAAAGUAUCAAACACUUACAAAUAAAUACAAAUAACAAUGUCCGGCGGUAAAGGUGGUAAAGCAGGUUCUUCUGAAAAAGCAUCAACUUCAAGAUCAGCAAAAGCUGGUUUGACUUUUCCAGUCGGUAGAGUCCACAGACUCUUGAGAAAGGGUAACUACGCACAAAGAAUUGGUUCUGGUGCUCCAGUUUAUCUGACUGCAGUUUUGGAGUACUUAGCUGCUGAAAUCUUAGAAUUGGCAGGUAACGCCGCAAGAGAUAACAAGAAGACCAGAAUCAUUCCAAGACAUUUACAAUUAGCCAUCAGAAAUGAUGAAGAAUUGAACAAGUUGCUUGGUCAUGUCACUAUUGCUCAAGGUGGUGUUUUGCCAAACAUCCACCAAUCCUUGUUGCCAAAGAAGUCUGCAAAGGCCAAGGCUUCUCAAGAAUUAUAAGCAUCUUGAUGUUUGGGUUAUAAAAGAUUGUCUUCUUCUAAGGGUAUAAAAUGUGUAUAUUAGUUUUUUCUUAUUAUUUCCAGUGUAUAGUGUGAUGCUAUAAACUCAAAGUUAGC